UUUUGGAUUACCAAACCAUAAAUUCUUUCUUUUCGGUUUGAGUUUUAGUGUCUGAGUCGUACCGAAACGACACCCCUAAGACUAAGACCCAGCUGACCUGAGGCAGAGGCAGACCAAAACCCGGCUUAAACCCACCCACCCACCCACCCACCCACCGUGGUCUGCUCUCAUCUUCCCCACUGCGGCAAAGAGAGCUCGCGGCGAGCAAUUAAUCCAGCCAGAGAUUCACCUCGUUUUGCUUGGUAAGAUGUUAUUUAACUAUUCGGAUUAGUUUCGCUCACUCAAUCCUGCUCUAGCUCAUGCAGUCUCUGUUUGAUUCUCCGAAAGCUCUCGUGGAAAUCUUGUGAUAUAACUACAAGUCUACGGUAAUGAACUGCCUAUCUCAUCAUGCGCGUUCUUACAUUUCCUUGGGGCUUCUCAAGAGAUCCAGCUAUGUCACUUCCAAGAUCCCCCCAUGGAACCAAUGCUUUUACAUGCCUUCAAAGCCCUGUUUAAACCCUGCAACUGUUGUCAGCCCACUCGGACUCUCCAGGGCUCAUUGUUAUUCCUCCAGAUCAAAGUCUGGUAAAUCGAAAAUGUUGACGGCUGUUUCUGUUGCUGAUAAAGAGAAAGAGAAAGAGAAAGACGCCUUCUUUGUUGUCCGGAAGGGUGACGUUAUUGGAAUCUACAAAGAUUUGAAUGAUUGCCAGGCUCAAGUUGGAUCCUCGGUGUUUGAUCCUCCGGUUAGUGUUUAUAAGGGAUACUCGUUGCCUAAAGACGCAGAGGAUUAUCUUUCUUCUGUUGGGAUGAAGAACCCUCUCUACUGUUUUGGAGCUUCUGACUUGAGAGAGGAUAUGUUUGGCUCUCUCACGCCUUGUCUUUUCCAGGAGCCAACUUCUUCCAAAGUUAAAGUAUCUGAAGAAGAGGAUAUCUCAGAGAUGAAGUCAAAAGAUAUGAAACAUGAUAUGCCUUCUGCUUCGGUUUUUGAUCAGCAGCUAAAACCAUCGGCUGUUACUUCAGAUGAAACUUGCUUUAUUGAGUUUGAUGGUGCAUCAAAGGGGAAUCCAGGUCUCUCUGGCGCAGCAGCUGUACUGAAAACUGAGGAUGGAAGCUUGAUAUGUAAAGUGCGUCAAGGAUUGGGAAUUGCCACAAACAAUGCAGCAGAGUAUCAUGGAUUAAUCCUAGGGUUGAAGCAUGCUAUUGAGAGAGGUUACAAGAAAAUUAAAGUGAAAGGUGACUCCAAGCUGAUAUGUAUGCAGAUUAAAGGUAAAUGGAAGGUAAACAACGAGGUAUUGUCGAAGCUGCACGAGGAAGCUAAACAACUAACCAACGAAUGUAUCUCUUUCGAGAUCAGUCAUGUACUAAGGAAUCUUAACUCUGCUGCAGAUGAACAAGCAAACUUGGCUGUCCGCCUUCCCGAAGGACAAGUUGAAGUGGCGUGAAGACUUUGUACUUAUUUUCCGUGAACGAAGAUAGAGUUUGGUUUGUAGCCUGAACAAAAAGCACAGCACCCCAAUCAAAAUCUGAAUAGUAGCCUGAACAAAAAGUAUUCAUUCAACAUGUCUUCAUUUUCUUGCAGACAAAACGAAGCCACUAGAAUGUGGUGAAGAGCGAGAAUGUGCCAUAGAGAUUUUUUUCAGAAAGUGAACACAGAACAAUGUAGAAUCUCCAGCUAGAAAAUAAAAAUAUCAUUUGUCGUCGGCUGACUUUGA